AUGUUGUAGGAAAUCGGUUUGUGGUGGAUUGGAGUUUAAUCCGAGUGAAGACGGAGAGGGGCUGGAAGAUUGAACUGUAAAACCCGUACCAAAUAGGCCUAGAAACAAUGAAAUAGAUAAAAAACGAUUGACAUUUUUUUUAAACUAGACGGAGCGACGUAACCUAUUUGACUUGAAAAUCUAGGGGAACACGGUUGCGUUUUUUCAUUUAUGCAUCUACAUUUUUAUGUUUGCUAGUUUAGAUUAAUUCGGUCAGAAAUUGACAGCAACUGGAGAGCUACCGAAGGACAUAGAAGGCAUUCGAGAAAGGAAAGCGUCCCCCUUACCCCUUCCCCUCUCUGCUUUCACCUCGCAAGCAGCCUGGGAGAAGAAACCCCGUUUAAGGUGCUACUGGUUUAACGUUAGAUUUCGGGGCAAAAGAAUUCAGGUCGCUUGCUCGCUAGCUAAUUUAUCGUGCACUGAGGAAUUGGCUAGCUAACGGUAGCUGGCCACAUAGCUGUAUUUUUCGCACAUUUCCUGACGUGAGACGAAGUGAAACAUGUCAGUGAAGGAGCAGAACAAGCAGUCCACCACCGAACGGCCAAUUAAAGCGGUGCCGUACCCCCCCACCACGCGCCUCUCCAUGAAGGAGCUGUACGAGGACGGGAAGCCCAAGGUGGAGGUGCUGAAGAGCCACCUGGUGAAGGAGGGCCGCCUGGAGGAGGAGGCCGCCAUGCGCAUCAUCAACGACGGAGCCAACAUCCUGCGCCAGGAGAAGUGCAUGCUGGAGGUGGAGGCACCAAUCACAGUGUGCGGCGAUGUGCACGGGCAGUUCUUCGACCUGAUGAAGCUGUUCGAGGUGGGCGGGUCCCCCAACAACACGCGCUAUCUGUUCCUGGGAGAUUACGUGGACCGGGGAUACUUCAGUAUUGAGUGUGUUCUGUAUCUGUGGACCCUGAAGAUCAACCAUCCCACCACACUGUUCCUGCUCAGGGGGAACCACGAGUGCCGACACCUCACAGAGUACUUCACCUUCAAACAGGAGUGUAAAAUAAAGUAUUCCGAGCGCGUUUAUGACGCCUGUAUGGACGCGUUCGACUGCCUGCCCCUCGCCGCCCUCCUUAAUCAGCAGUUCCUGUGCGUCCACGGCGGCCUGUCACCCGAAGUCAGCUGCCUAGAUGACAUCAGGAAAUUAGACAGGUUUAAGGAGCCUCCUGCAUUCGGGCCCAUGUGUGACCUCCUCUGGUCGGACCCGGGGGAGGACUACGGCAGCGAGAAGACUGCAGAACACUUCAGCCACAACAGCGUGCGCGGCUGCUCCUACUUCUACAGUUACCCAGCAGUAUGCGACUUCCUGCAGAACAAUAACUUGCUAUCAGUAAUAAGAGCACAUGAAGCCCAGGACGCAGGGUACCGCAUGUACAGAAAGAGCCAGACCACUGGCUUCCCCUCAUUAAUCACAAUCUUCUCUGCACCAAACUACUUAGAUGUCUACAAUAACAAAGCUGCUGUGUUGAAAUAUGAGAACAACGUGAUGAACAUCCGGCAGUUCAACUGCUCCCCCCACCCGUACUGGCUCCCCAACUUCAUGGACGUCUUCACCUGGUCCCUGCCUUUCGUGGGGGAGAAAGUGACGGAGAUGCUGGUGAACGUGCUGAACAUCUGCUCGGACGACGAGCUCAUGUCGGAGGGAGACGACACGUGCGAAGGUGGGACUCCAGCUGUGCGGAAGGAGGUGAUCCGGAACAAGAUCCGCGCCAUCGGCAAGAUGGCCCGAGUGUUCUCUGUGCUAAGAGAGGAGAAUGAGAGCGUGCUGCAGCUGAAGGGGCUGACUCCCACGGGGACGCUGCCGCUGGGUGUGCUGUCAGGCGGCCGUCAGACUCUGGAGAGCGCCACCGCAGAGGCAGCUGAGGCUAAAGCCAUCCAAGGGUUCAACCCCCAGCACAAGAUCCAGAGUUUCGAGGAGGCCCGCGGCCUGGACCGGAUCAACGAGAGGAUGCCCCCCCGCAAAGACGCCAAGCAGCCGGACGGCAUCGCCGUCAACGCCGCCAACGCGCCCGACAAGAACGGGACCAACGCGCAGGCGUAGACACGCCCACGCCCCCAAACCCCCCCCACCCCCC